AUGCGUCUCACAUUCUUCUUUUUCUUCAUUUUCUUCUCCUUUUAUUUCUUUUUCUUUUCUUCUUUUAUUUUGCUGAUCCGUUUUGCAUUUCUUUAUUUUCUUUUCCUCUUCGUUAUUAUUUACUUUGUCAGUCCUUUGCUUGCGUUGUUCUUUUUUUUCUCUUUCUCCUCGUCCUUCCUUUCUCAGUUUGUCUUUCUUCUUCUUCUUCUUCUUUUCAAUCCCGUCUCGCAUAGUCUUUCUAUUUCCCUUCUGCGUUCUUUUCUCAUUUUAUCUUUCUUUUUCUCCACUUCGUUUUUUUUUUAUAUAUCUCUCUCUCUUUUUUCUUUCACCCUCCUCCUCCCCCCCUCCUCCUCCCUCCUCCUCCUCCUCCUCCUCCUCCUCCUCCUCCUCCUCCUCUUUUUUCCCACUUUGUCUUUCUUUUCUCCUCUUCAAUCUUUUCUCAUUAUUUUUUCUUUCUCUUUCUCCUCGCCCCUCCUUUCUCAAUUUGACUUUCUUUUUCUCCUCACCAGUCUUUUCUCACUGUCUUCGUCUUUCUCCUCCUCCCUCCUUUCUCACUUUGUCUUUCUCCUACUCUUUCACUGUUCACUUUGA